CGCAACUCUUCUUUUGUUAUUCAUGAGCGAAAGGAAACUUCGCGGCGGAGCCGAAACACUCCGGGAGCGCCAAAACAAUCGAGUCGGAGAACUUUGAUGUUUCCUGGAUGGUGUCGUGAAUCUCCCGUCACCGCGCCGAGGAGAGAGAGAGAGAGAGAGAGAGAGAUCUGGAGCAGCUUGCUUGCCGUGAAGAAGUGUGGAGCGCUGAACGUGCCCUAAGAAGAGUCAAUGAUUCAUUAUUUACUCAGUGAUAGAAGGGCACUGUACUGCAUCGAGAGGUUCGUCGCGCGAAGUUGCAGGGGUUUGGAGCGGGCCGUACAUGUAAAGGAGAGCUGGAUUUCUGCUUCCUGGUCUCAGACGUACCCGUGACUCCUGAGAAGGAAGAUGGCUACCGUGGGCACGGUGUCAGAGGCCUCUGAGGCCGGAGACAACAGCGAGUUCACCGACAUCAUCAAAUGGAGAUCAGAUGAACAUGAUGCCGUUCAGAAGAAAACCUUCACCAAGUGGAUCAACGCGCAGUUCUCCAAGACGGGGAAGACGCCCAUCAAAGACAUGUUCUCUGACCUGAGAGACGGCAGAAAACUCCUGGAUCUCCUGGAGGGACUGACUGGAAGCACACUGACCAAAGAGCGAGGCUCUACUAGAGUUCACUCCCUCAACAACGUCAACCGCGUGCUGCAGGUCCUUCAUCAGAACAGCGUGGAUCUGGUGAAUAUCGGCGGGACUGAUAUUGUAGAUGGCAAUCAUAAGCUCACUCUAGGACUCAUCUGGAGCAUCAUACUGCACUGGCAGGUCAAGGAUGUCAUGAAGGAUGUGAUGUCCAGUCUUCAGCAGACCAACAGUGAGAAGAUUUUGCUGAGCUGGGUGAGAAACUGUACCCGAAAGUAUAACACCGUCAACGUGCUCAACUUCACCACCAGCUGGGCAGACGGCCUGGCCUUCAACGCCAUCCUGCACCACUUCAGGCCUCAAGGGUUCAGCUGGGAGGAAGUAGUUCGCCUGCCCCCGGUGGACCGACUGGACCACGCUUUCACAUUCGCCAAAGAUCAGCUCAACAUCGAGAGACUCUUGGACCCAGAAGAUGUGGCGGUGCAGUUACCGGAUAAGAAGUCCAUCAUCAUGUACGUGACCUCACUCUUUGCUGUGUUUCCCAAUGACAUCACGAUAGAUGACAUCAGAGAGGUGGAGACGCUGCCCAGACGUUAUAAGGUGGAGCACGAGGAUGGACACGCCGGUUCGGCUGGAGACCCGGAGGAGGUGAGCAGCUCCCGGCCGGAGCUGAUGGAGGUGGACGCGGAGGUCAGUCUGGACACGUAUCAGAUCACGCUGGAGGAGGUGCUCACCUGGCUGCUGUCGGCCGAAGACACGCUGCACAUGCAGGACGACGUGUCCGACGACGUGGAGGAGGUCAAAGACCAGUUCCACACACACGAGGCGUUUAUGAUGGAGUUGACAGCCCACCAGAGCAGCGUGGGGAACGUCUUACAGGCGGGAAACCAGCUGAUCGCUCAAGGCAACCUGAGUGAGGAAGAGGAGGAUGAGAUCCGAGAGCAGAUGACGCUGCUCAACUCCCGCUGGGAGAACCUUCGGGUCGCCAGCAUGGACCGUCAGUCCAGACUUCAUGAAGUUCUGAUGGACCUUCAGCAGCAGCAGCUCCAGCAGCUCUCUGACUGGCUGACGCAGACGGAGGGGCGGAUCCGUAAGAUGGAGAAAGAGCCAAUGGCAGGAGACAUGGAGGGAUAUCUGACCCAAAUAGAGCAGCAUAAAGUUUUGCAGAAUGAUCUGGAGGUGGAGCAGGUAAAGGUGAACUCUCUCACGCACAUGGUCGUGGUCGUGGAUGAGAACAGCGGGGAGAGCGCCACCGCUGCCCUGGAGGAACAACUGCAGUCGCUGGGAGAGCGCUGGGCGGCAGUGUGUCGCUGGACGGAGGAGCGCUGGAACAAACUUGAGGAAAUUCAACUGGUGUGGCAGCGGUUGCUUGAUGACCAGAGUUUAUUUGGAUCAUGGCUGGCAGAUGAGGAGAAGGCGUUGAGUGAAGUUCAGACCAGUGAUUUUAAAGACCCCAGUGAAAUAAAUGCCAGCGUCCGCAGAUUAGCUAGUCUUAAGGAGGAUAUGGCCCAGAAGCGGAGGGCCCUGACUGCCCUGUCAGAUGCUGGACAGGAUGUGACAGAGCUUUUAAACAGUCCAGCCGCAGCUCAGAGAAUCGAAGCAGACACAGACCUGCUGACCCAACGCUGGGACAACCUGGUCCAAAAACUAGAGGACUGCUCCAGCCAAGUAACCGAAGCGGUGUCCAUGCCUGGGACGCCCCAGGUACAAGAGAAAGUGUUCACGGAGACAGUCACAACAGUAUCAACACGGAUAGAGCAAACCUUCACCAGCAGCGACCGAGAGCUACCUCCGCCCGCCCCACCAAAAAGACGACAUCUUGACACAGACGGCGAGCUCAGGAGACUAGCUGAAACUGAUGUUCCCAAGCUUUUGUCUCAGCUGGCUGCAUGGAAGUCAUCUGCUCAAGCUGCUGAAGACGCCUCUGUCCUGAAAGAAAAACUACAGCCCCUUGGUGUGGAGCUUGCUGAAAACGAGGGGGCCGUGAAAGAGUUGGUGCAGAAAGGAGAGAAGAUGAUUGAACAACUGGAGAAAGAAGGUCUGUCUUCAGAGGAGGCUCGUUCUGGCCUGGACUCUGUGCGUAAAGAAUGGGAGAGCUGCCAGAACCUGAUCCAGGAUCUGAGAAACCGAGCUCAAGUUCUAGAGCAAGUGGCGGCGGUUCAAUCAGGACUGAAGGAUGUAAAUGAAUUCCUGCAGGAACAGGAGAAGUGGUUGAUCUCCACGGAAGGGUUUAGAGCCAACGACAACCAACAGGAGCUCCAGGCACUAAAAGAUGACUGUGAGGCUGGAAUAGCACAGCUGGAAAAGCUUCAGCCACAGGUGGAAGAUCUCUGUUCUCAGACGGAGCGUCUGGCCUCAGAACCUGGUGUCCCUGAUACCAUGAGGCCCAGUGUGACAGUGCUGGCAUCGCGCCACGGCACAACCCUUCAAGAGCUCAAGACACGGCAGCAGGACAUCGCUACAGUUUUGUCCAGGCUGGUGGGGUCCAGGACGCUGCAGCAGAUGGAGUCCAGGCUGAACACGGUCAGCGCUGAGAUCAGAGACAUCACCACAGCUGAACAUGGAGUCGUUAAAGCUCAGGCUCUCUGUGCUGAGAUAGAGCAGCAGCAGCGGCGGCAGACGUCUUCGGAGGCAGCAGAGCAGCAGGCCUGGACUGAGCUCUCCACCGCCGCCCAGGAUCAGCUCAGCAUGCUGCAGUGCAUUCUGGGUAGCAUGAAAGACACGAAGGUGAAGAGCGAGGAGGUGCAGCGCUGGCUGGAUUCGGCCGACGAGCUGCUGUCUCGAGACGCCAGCGGCUUCGGCCACGGCGACAAACUACAGGAAGAACUCAGCCAGUGCAAGGAGCUGGUGAGCGAGAUGGAGAGCGUGGACUCGUCUCUGAAGCAGAUAAAGGAGAACGUGACGGCCGUGCAGCAGAGCUCAGUGCUGCGUCUGAUCGGCUGGGGGCAGACGGAGCUGGACCACAGUCAGAGGCGCUGGGACACGCUCAGUAAAGAGUUGUUGAGGCGCGAGGAGCGCGUGAGCGAAGGCCAGGAGAAAGUGAUGAACCUGAAGAAGGACGUGGUGGAGAUGCGCGAGUGGAUGAUUCAAGUGGACGAGGAGUUUCUCAUGAGAGACUUUGAGUACAAGAGCCCAGAGGAGCUGGAGGAGGCGCUGCAGGAGAUGAAGAGGGCUAAAGAGGAUGUGUUACAGAAGGAAGUGCGAGUGAAGAUUUUGAAGGACAGCAUUAAUGUGCUGAUCGGAAAGACUCCCCCUGGUGGUGCUGACCUGAACCCUGAGCUCACCGAAGUGCUGCACAACUACCAGAAACUCUGUGAUCGCUUCAAGAGCAAGUGCCACACGCUUGAGGAGGUGUGGUCCUGCUGGAUCGAGCUGCUUCAGUAUCUUGAUGUGGAGUCUGGCUGGUUGAACACACUGGAGGAGAAAGUCCAAGCCACUGAAAAGGUCCCAGAAAACACAGAGUCUGUCAGCGAGGCUCUGGAGUCUCUGGAGUCGGUUCUGCGCCAUCCGGGUGAUAACAGGACUCAGAUCCGAGAGCUGGCCCAGACUCUCAUAGACGGAGGCAUUCUGGAUGAACUCAUCAGCGAGAAACUAGAGGGCUUCAACUCACGCCAUGAAGAACUGACUCAGCUGGCCGCUGCCCGUCAGAUGUCUCUGGAGCAGAGGUUGGGGACUCUGAGAGAGAACGAGGCGGCCUUACACGCACUACAGACGUCUCUGACGCAGCUGGACCAGACCCUCACCUCGUACCUCACCGACCGCAUCGACGCCUUCCAGCUGCCACAGGAAGCUCAGGCCAUUCAGGCAGAGAUCGUGGCCCACGAGGCGACGCUGGAAGAUCUGAGGAGGAGAAAUGUAGGUAACGUCCCUCCGAAUAUCCCAGAGGGCAAACCGGCGCGAGGAGGAACCCUGCUGGACCAAUUACAGCGGAAACUCCGUGAGAUUAGUACCAAAUUCCAGCUCUUUCAGAAACCCGCAAACUUUGAGCAGCGGAUGCUGGACUGCAAGAGGAUUCUAGAAACCGCUAAAGCCGAACUUCACGUCCUGGAGCUGAAAGACACUCAGCCAGAGGAGAUCCAGAGUCACCUGACCGGAUGCAUGAAACUGUACAAGAUCUUGAGCGAGGUGAAACUGGAGGUGGAGACGGUGAUUAAAACAGGAAGACAGAUCGUACAGAAACAGCAGACGGAAAAUCCCAAAGGAAUGGACGAACAACUCACCGCCCUCAAAUUACUCUACAACGAGCUGGGAGCUCAGGUGACUGAGGGGAAGCAGGAUCUGGAGAAGGCCUUGUCUCUGUCUCAGCGGCUGCAGAAGGACAGCGCCGCCCUGCAGGCCUGGAUGAGUCACACCGAGACGCAGCUGAAAGACAAGCUCGGCGCCGGAGACAUGCCCGCUGACGUCGAGACGGAGAUCACAUGGGCUAACGGAGUGUUGAAGGAGUCUGAGCGCAGGAAGGCCGAUCUGUCCGUGGUGAUGGAGAACAGCGCCGCCCUGCAGGCCUUGGUGGAGGGCAGCGAGCCUCAGCUGGAGGAUCAGCUGUUUGAGCUGAACGAGGACUGGGAGCGCGUGCACACGCUGGUCGAGGACUGGCUCAGUGCUGUUCUGAAUCACCGGCGUGAGGUGGAGAUGUUUGAUGAGAAUUUGGCUCAUAUCAGCACAUGGCUCUAUCAGACGGAGAUAAGACUGGAUGAGAUGGAGAAGAUGCCUGCAGCUGAGAAAGAGAAGAUGAUGAAGGCUGUGCUGUGUGAGCUGGAGGGGAUGAGUGCGCGUGUGGACAGCGCUCGUGAUCAGGCAGUGAUACUGAUGACCAGCAGAGGGCCGGCGUGCAGGGAGCUGGUGGAGCCCAAACUGGACGACCUCAACCGGAACUUCCACAAGGUGUCGCAGCACAUCGGCUCGGCUCAGGUGUCUGCUGGUCUGGAGGUCAUGCAGGAGGCUGCCCGGCAGGAGGUGGCAGACGGGAGACCCGCUCCUCUUCUCUCCUCUUCACAGAUGCAGCUGUUCGAAUCAGAUCUACAAGAUACUCUCAGAGCCCUGGAGCAGCAGGAGAAAACACGCACGCCCGAUGACGAGAGGCUGGAUGAGGAGAAAGCUCGCGCUGAGGAGGUGCUGAGGAGAGGAGAGGAGGUGCUGCUGUGUGUUCCUGACGAGGACAGAAGAGAAGACAUCCGCAGGAGACUCCUGCUGCUCCAGACGGGCUACAAGGAGCUUCAUGUCAUCAGAACUCAGCCAGUCGUGGUCAAAUCGUCGUCUGUUCCUCCGCAGAGAUCAGAGUCAUCGCUCUCUCCUCAGGAGGAGAGGAGCGCAUCCGUCUCCCCGUCUGACUAUCUGCUGGACAUUAAUAAGGUUCUGCUGGCCAUGGCCGACAACGAGCUGCUCCUGAACUCCUCAGAGCUCAGCGGAGGACUGUUCGAGGAUUUCUCCAGCCAGGAGGACACGCUCAGGAGUAUAAAGGAGAGCUUGGAGCGGUUGGGCGAGCAGGUUGAAGUGAUUAAUGAGCGCCAGCCUGACGUGAUCCUGGAAGCUUCCAGACAGGAGAUGGAGCAGAUAUCUGAUGCUCUGACACAGCUGAACUCAGAGUGGGACAGAGUCAACCGCAUGUACAGCCAGAGGAAAGGGUGUUUCGAUGGAGCCGUGGAGGAGUGGAGGCAGUUUCACUGCGAUAUGAACGAUCUCUCGCAGUGGCUGAGUGACACUGAGCAGGUCCUGGCUGAGGGGACCGGACCAGACCCGGAGGUGGACCCGGACCGAGCUCGUGCGCGGCAACAGGACCUGGAGGAGGGUCUGGCCUCUCAUCAGUCUGUGCUGGCGGUCCUGAGCCGGUCUGGAGAGCACAUCGUCUCUCAGGUGUCGUCUCCUGAUGCCGCUCUGCUGCAGGAGAAGCUGGACGCUCUGAGGCGCCGCUGGACGCAUGUCGAGAGACAAGUGUGUGAGCGCCAGCGUAGGUUGAUGGGUGAGGAUCCGGCCGUGAUGGACGUUGUUCAGAGGAGCGCCGGUCUGGCUCAGUGGCUGGAGCACACGGAGGUUGCCGUGGCGACGCUGCCCGUUUCAGCCACCGACAUGAGCCUCAGAGAGCUCAAGGUUCGAAAACACACACACAGACCUGAGUCACUGAAUAACUGCACUGAUGUUUCCAGUCUGAGUCCUCUGAGUCCUCAGGACAGAGACUCUCAUAUGAAUAAAAUCAGACAGAUAAACCUCGGCUGGAGUAAAGCGAGCGGUGAGCUGCUGGAUAAGCUGAGGGAGGUGGAGGGUCGUCUGCAGACGCACACACCGCUGCAGGACGAGAGGAGGCUGGCGUCGUACGCACAGUUCCAGGAGCGCAUGAACAGACUCGGAGACUGGGUUUACAUCAGCAGCCAGUCUCUGAGCGCCGUCACAGCCACCGAGAGACAGGUUCUGGAGAUGUCCAUGCGAGAGCAGAAGAGGGAGCUGGAGGAGCUGCUGUCCUACUCCAUUGAGCUCCAGAGGAAACAGCUGCUUUUACCACAGGAAAAGAGUAAAAUCGAACAGCUGGCUGCGGAUUGGAAAGCUCUGGACGCCAGGCUGAAGGAGCCUCUUUCUCCAUGGACUCAACGAGUGUCUCAGCAGCAGUUCACAGCGAGCGUGCCGCCUCCUCUUCACAUGGUCAGUCUGAUGAGCGAGGAGCGCCGUACCAGUCCAGAGCUGAUGGGCCCCAGCGACCUCCACCAGACGGCCACGGAGCUGGCGGACUGGCUGCUCCUCAUCCACCAGAUGCUCAAAUCCAACAUCGUCGCGGUGGGAGACAAAGAAGAGAUCCACACCACCAUCGGCCGCCUGCAGGUGACCAAAGGAGAUCUGGAGCAGAGACAUCCACAGCUAGAAGACAUCAUCACUCUGGCACAGAACAUCAAGAACAAAACCUCUAACCUCGACGUGCGCACCUCCAUCUCUGAGAAACUGGAGAAGGUCCGCAGCCAAUGGGACGGCACGCAGCACGGCGUGGAGGCGCGGCUCCUGCAGCUGGAGUGCAUGAUCGGCCACAGCGACCAGUGGGAGGAGCAGAGGCACAAGGUGAAGGCUCUGAUUGGUCAAAACGAGAAGCACCUGCACAACCUGCUGCAGAUGAGCCGAGAGCCGCUCACCAAACAGAUCAGCGACAACAAGGCGUUCCUGCAGGAGCUCAGUCGAGGACAGGAGAGCGUGACGUCCUUUAAUGAGCUGUCCAAUCAGCUUCUGCAGGAGUACGCCGCUGACGACACGCGCAAGGUCAAAGAGGUCAUGGACAAACUCAACACCGCAUGGAACAGCGUCAAUAACAGGGCUUCGGACCGCCAGGCUGCGUUGGAUUCGGAGCUGAAGUCUCUCCAGGUGUCUCUCCGGGAGCUCGAGUCUUUCCUCAAGUGGCUCCACGAGGCGGAGACUACAGUCAACGUGUUAUCUGACGCCGCCCAAAGGGAGGAGCUCUCGCAGGACUCCGCCCACAUCAAAGAGCUGAAGGCCCAGCUUGGGGACAUCCAGGCGGAGAUCGAGGCUCAUAAUGAUGUCUUCAGGAGUGUGGAUGGGAAUAAGAUGAAGAUGGUGAAGGCUCUGGGGAGCUCAGAGGAAGCAGUUUUCCUCCAACAGAGGCUGGAUGAUAUGAACCAUCGCUGGAACGACCUGAAGGCCAAAUCAGCCAAUAUACGGGCUCACCUGGAGGCGAGUGCUGAGCGCUGGAGCCGUCUUCUGUCGGUGCUGGAGGAGCUGGGCCGCUGGAUCAGUGUGAAGGACGAGGAGCUGAACAAACAGAUGCCCAUCGGAGGAGACGUGCCCACAGUGCUGCAGCAGCAGAGCCACUGCACGGCUCUGAGGGCGGAGCUUAAGGAGCGUGAACAUGUGGUUCUCAGCACAUUGGAUCAGGCGCGCAUGUUUCUGGCCGACCAGCCCAUCGAAGGACCCGAAGAGCCACGCAAGAACCUGCAACCCAAAACUGAGCUGACCCCGGAGGAGAAGGCCCAGCGGGUGGCUAAAGCGAUUCGUAAGCAGACAGCAGAGGUGGGCGAGCGCUGGGAGAGGCUGGUGGGACACGCGGGGACCUGGCAAGAGCAGGUGGACCGAGCGCUGGAUAAACUCCAGGAUCUCCAGAGCUCCAUGGACCAACUGGACCUGCGCCUAUCCCAGGCCGAGGAGCUCAAGGCAGGCUGGCAACCCGUGGGAGACCUCCUCAUAGAUUCCCUACAGGAUCACAUCGAUAAAACAACGGCGUUCCGUGAAGAGACGGCUCCUCUGAAGCAGGACGUCCGAGCUGUGAAUGAUCUGGCGGGUCAGCUGACCCCGCUGGACGUCCAGCUGUCCUCCAUCUCCAGCCGUCAGUUAGACAACCUCAACAUGCGCUGGAAACUCCUGCAGGCGGCUGUAGAGGACAGGUUGAAGCUCUUACAGGAAGCGCACAGGGAUUUUGGACCCUCUUCUCAACACUUCUUAUCCACUUCGGUGCAGUUGCCCUGGCAGAGAGCGGUGUCCCAGAAUAAAGUGCCCUACUACAUCAAUCAUCAGAGUCAGACGACGUGCUGGGACCAUCCCAAGAUGACCGAGCUCUAUCAUUCUCUGUCCGACCUCAACAACGUGCGCUUCUCCGCAUACAGGACAGCUAUGAAGAUCCGCCGGCUACAGAAAGCCCUCUGCUUGGAUCUGCUGGAUCUGAGUGUGGCUCAGUCCAUGUUCCAGCAGCACAAAUUGACAGUAAACUCCCAGCAGCUGACGGUUCCUGAGGUCAUCAACUGUCUGACGUCUGUCUAUGACGGACUGGAGCAGGAACACAAAGACCUGGUCAACGUCCCGCUGUGUGUGGACAUGUGUCUCAACUGGCUGCUCAACGUCUACGACACGGGUCGGAGCGGGAAAAUCCGCGUUCUGUCCAUGAAGAUCGGGCUUCUCUCUCUUUGUAAGGGUCACCUGGAGGAGAAAUACAAAUGUCUGUUUAAUCAGGUGUCUUCGGCGGGCGAUACAUGUGAUCAGAGACAACUGGGUCUUCUGCUGCAUGACGCCAUUCAGAUCCCGCGACAGCUGGGAGAGGUGGCAGCCUUCGGUGGGAGCAACAUCGAGCCCAGCGUCCGCAGCUGCUUCCAGCAUGUGACCAAUAAGGUGGAGCUGGAGCCGAGGCAGUUUAUUGAUUGGAUGAGGCUGGAGCCGCAGUCGAUGGUUUGGCUUCCGGUUCUGCACAGAGUGGCUGCAGCAGAAACGGCCAAACAUCAGGCCAAGUGCAAUAUCUGUAAAGAGUUCCCCAUCGUGGGCUUCAGAUAUCGCAGUUUGAAGCACUUCAACUACGACGUUUGCCAGAGUUGUUUCUUCUCUGGUCGCACAGCGAAGGGUCAUAAACUGAACUACCCCAUGGUGGAGUACUGCACACCGACCACCUCAGGAGAAGACAUGCGAGAUUUCACCAAAGUUUUAAAAAACAAGUUUCGCUCAAAGAAGUAUUUCGCCAAGCACCCUCGUCUGGGAUACCUGCCCGUCCAGACGGUCCUCGAAGGAGACAACAUGGAAACUCCGGUCACUCUCAUCAGCAUGUGCCCGGAGCAGUACGAGCUUUCUCCAUCGCCGCAGCUCUCUCAUGACGACACGCACUCACGGAUAGGGCAAUACGCCAGCAGGUUGGCGCAGAUGGAGCGCUCCAAUGGCUCUUUGCCCACCGACAGCAGCUCGGCCACCGGAAGCAUGGACGAGGAACACGCUUUAAUCCUGCAGUACUGUCAGACUUUGGGAGGAGAAGGCUCAUCUUUCAGCCAGCCCCAAACCCCUUCCCACAUCGGCAGAAGCCCCGCCCACACUCAAAGCCCCUCCUACCUGCUCCAGAGCCCCGCCCAGAUUCUGCAGGCCGUGGAGAGGGAGGAGCGAGGAGAGCUGGAGCGAAUCAUAGCGCGACUGGAGGAAGAGCAGCGGGCCCUGCAGAGGGAGUAUGAACAGUUGCGCCAGCAGCACGGUCAGCCCUGCGCGGGGGCCGCAGCUGUUAGCGGGGCCCCUGAGGAAGCUGACCUGUUAGCUGAAGCUAAGCUCCUGCGACAGCACAAGGGACGGCUGGAGGCGCGCAUGCAGAUACUGGAGGACCAUAACAAACAGCUGGAAUCACAGCUCUACCGACUGCGCCAGCUGCUGCAUCAGCCUGAGUUAAAUGGCUCGUCCCCUUCUGGCUCUCUCCAUCAGGACUUAGCAGGACAGGCCGAGCUCACAGAUGAGUUUCUCCAUCAGUGUGCUAACAGUAACUCUGAUCUGGCUGAGGUUGUGGAACAGAUUAACCACAGUUUUCCUGCAUGCUCUCCGUCAAGUGUGUCCUCAAGGCCCAAGGUGAUGUGAAGGUUUUCAGCAGACGUGAAGAGCAGUCUCUAACUCGACAUGGCAAGAAGAUCCCCAUUCCAGAGAUGCAGAUUCCCGGCAGUUUGUCCUCGAACCCAAAGACUCUGGAACAGGACCACACAGUUCAUUCAAUG